AAAUGUUCGGCCCAGAAGGCUAAGAAGUUCCUAGGUACUGUACGCGUAGAGGAGAAAUAGAAGUGAUUAUCACUUAGGCAGCCGUGAUAAGAUCUGUGCGCGGUGUCACCACGCGUGACUUCUUUUCAGCAAAUCGGCAUUGAGAGGUUGUUUCGUUCAAGUACAUGGUAACCCGAUAUCGCUGUUGACUCGAAUUCGUUACUCCGUCGGCUCCAGAUUUCGCGACCAGCCACGAGCGCCAGUUCCGCUCGAAGAGAACUCAUCAGCGCUCACUGCGCUGGGAUUGCAAGUCUACGCGGGCUCUGACCUUGCAAGCUGCCCUAAUCGCUCACGUUGAACGUGGCUUCAGUUGAAGGAAAUCGCGCCACGCCAGGCACUGCGGCUACUGCGGCCACGGAAGCCCCGUCAGGCAAGGGCGCGGGUGCAGGGCGAGAAAGGGCUCCUCCGCUCGGGCCACCCGCCUGCUGCUCUACCGCGGGCGCGACGUGAGGAAAAAUUGCAAGGGCGCGGGUGCAGGGGGGGGAAGCGGGGGGAAAGGGGUGCUUUUGAGAAUUCUCAAAAACACCCUGCAAAAUCAGGGGUGCGCGGACGACAGCGGCGCUGACAGCGCGGACAAGCUGCCGGCCCUCGUGCUCGUCCGCCUAACCUCCACGGCCAGGGUGGGGGAGAGGGAGAUUUUUUAUUCGGCUCAAAAGACAGACACAAGCGCUCACAGCGCGGUCAAGCUGCCGGCCCCCUCGAUCUCCAUGCGCAUGGGGGCGGGCAGGGUGGAGAGGGAGGAGGGCAGGAGGUCGAGAAAGGGGUGCCAGGUAUGGGGGGUUGGAGUUGUGGACGGUUCCAGUCCUCCUCGUGUGGUUGCGCCUAAGCUCAGCGUUGCUUCACUCCUCCUCUGCUACUGCUGCUGCUGCUACCGCAGCUGUGUCUGCCCACUCUGACACUCUUACAGGCACGCCGCGCACCCACUGGUGCAUCCCCAUGCUUGCCGCAUGCCCCUCACAGAUCCCCAUGCUUGCCGCAUGCCCCUCACAUAUCCCCAUGCUUGCCGCAUGCCCCUCACAGAUCCCCAUGCUUGCCGCAUGCCCCUCACAGAUCCCCAUGCUUGCCGCAUGCCCCUCACAGAUCCCCAUGCUUGCCGCAUGACCCUCACAGAUCCCCAUGCUUGCCGCAUGCCCCUCACAGAUCCCCAUGCUUGCCGCAUGCCCCUCACAGAUCCCCAUGCUUGCUGCAUGCCCCUCACAGAUCCCCAUGCUUGCCGCAUGCCCCUCACAGAUCCCCAUGCUUGCCGCAUGCCCCUCACAGAUCCCCAUGCUUGCCGCAUGCCCCUCACAGAUCCCCAUGCUUGCCGCAUGCCCCUCACAGAUCCCCAUGCUCGCCGCAUGCCCCUCACAGAUCCCCAUGCUUGCCGCAUGCCCCUCACAGAUCCCCAUGCUCGCCGCAUGCCCCUCACAGAUCCCCAUGCUCGCCGCAUGCCCCUCACAGAUCCCCAUGCUUGCCGCAUGCCCCUCACAGAUCCCCAUGCUUGCCGCAUGCCCCUCACAGAUCCCCAUGCUUGCCGCAUGCCUUUCACAUAUCCCCAUGCUUGCCGCAUGCCCCUCACAUAUCCCCAUGCUUGCCGCAUGCCCCUCACAUAUCCCCAUGCUUGCCGCAUGCCCCUCACAGAUCCCCAUGCUUGCCGCAUGCCCCUCACAGAUCCCCAUGCUUGCCGCAUGCCCCUCACAUAUCCCCAUGCUUGCCGCAUGCCCCUCACAUAUCCCCAUGCUUGCCGCAUGCCCCUCACAUAUCCCCAUGCUUGCCGCCUGCCCCUCACAUAUCCCUAUGCUUGCCGCAUGCCUCUCACAUAUCCCCAUGCUUGCCGCAUGCCCCUCACAUAUCCCCAUGCUUGCCGCAUGCCCCUCACAUAUCCCCAUGCUUGCCGCCUGCCCCUCACAUAUCCCUAUGCUUGCCGCAUGCCUCUCACAUAUCCCCAUGCUUGCCGCAUGCCCCUCACAGAUCCCCAUGCUUGCCGCAUGCCCCUCACAGAUCCCCAUGCUUGCCGCAUGCCCCUCACAGAUCCCCAUGCUUGCCGCAUGCCCCUCACAGAUCCCCAUGCUUGCCGCAUGCCCCUCACAGAUCCCCAUGCUCGCCGCAUGCCCCUCACAGAUCCCCAUGCUUGCCGCAUGCCCCUCACAGAUCCCCAUGCUUGCCGCAUGCCCCUCACAG